CGUGCUCAGAUGGAAAGCAGCGCCAAUCAGCACGUAGUAACAUAUCUUACGAGGUGUUGAAUGCGCUACUAAACGUCAUUCUCGCUUGGUGUCGCGAUGUUGCUUGAUAAUAGUCCGACAUUUGACACCCGCGACGAUGUAGGACGAUGCUUUUCACCAACAUCACACGCUUUUUCCUUUGCUUGAUGACAUUACCAAGCCACCACUUUUGACUAUCUACCUAGGACAGAGGUCAUCGCCGAUUAUCGUCCGCCAAUAUGUCGAUUGAACGCGCUUUGAAUGUGACCAGCACCGCCGAGGCACAAAUCCUCUACGACGACUGGGCCGAAAACUAUGAUCGCGACCUCCUGGGCGCAGACCAAAACUACGUCGCGCCAGUCAUUGCCAGCCAGUACGUGGUCAAGUAUGUCGGUUUAUCUGCCAUUGCCAAGUCGAGAGUUCUGGACGCUGGAUGUGGAACAGGCCUUGUCGGAGCCAACCUCGCGAAGCUUGGAGCCACGCAGAUAGAUGGCAUAGACCUCAGUCAAGGGAUGCUCAAAGUCGCUGAGAGAUCUGGUGUGUACCAGUCUUUGAGUACGACAGACCUCUCCAAGCCUUUGUCUCAGGCCUCAAACUAUUACGAUGCCGUCGUAUGCGUCGGUACGAUGACCGAGGGUCACGUAGGACCCGAAGCCUUUGACGAGUUUGUGAGAAUUGUCCGCCCUGGCGGGUUUAUUGUCGCAACUGUGUACGAGGCUGUUUGGGAGAAGAAUGGUUAUAAGGAGAAGAUUGCCUCACUUGACAAGUCAGGAAAAGUCAAACUCUUGAGUGAUCAGUUGGAAGACUACAGACGUGGGAAAGGUGCGCGUGCGAUCAUGGUUGUUCUCCAAGUUUAUUGACGGAUGUCAAGGAGUAGGCCGUAGAUGAUAAUCCACAGAUGACACACGAAAGAACUUGUUAAUGUGAUGAUGUUAUCAAAGCUAUGAGGGAGGUUAAUUAAACAGGCCCUGUUCAUUAAUAGCUUAUGCAGAAAUCAUAGAGUGCGUACGCUACCUACGUUGAAGUGCAGCUCUGAACCCAGCUCUAGCAUUUUUGUUUCUAGAACCUCGAAAGAUGUGUCCAGCUUCUGGGAUUCAACCC